UAUAGCUAAAGAGGACGUUACACUAAAACAACCUCAUUCUCGCCAUGGAAAAGAUGUGUCCUUUCUCUCUUCUUAUUCUUCUGGCUCUAUGGAUAUUUGGCCCCAAUUUAGUCAAUGGAGAUGCACAGCAGCCAGCCUCACCGCCUAUUUUCAUACUAGGGGAUUCAACAGCAGAUGUUGGAACUAAUUCUUACAUCCCUCACUGCAAUGCAACAGCCAACUUUCCUCACAAUGGCAUUGAUUUUGUCAACUCAAGGCCAACUGGAAGGUUCAGUAAUGGCCUCAACAGUGCUGAUCAUCUUGCAAGGCUUUUCGGGUACAAUAGUAGCCCGCCCCCUUUUCUAUAUCUCCAUAGCCUGAAAUACGGUCUUCAAUUGGGUAUAUAUCGAGGUGUAAACUUCGCCUCAGGAGGUUCUGGUCUCCUUGAUGACACUGGUUUAAAGCUGAAUGUCCUGAACUUGCCGCAGCAGAUCAAUCAAUUUGUCACUGUACGCGAAAAUCUGAUUACUGCACUUGGUCAUGAAACAACAAAAGCAUUGCUUGCCAAAUCUUUGUUCUGCAUUACUACCGGAAGCAAUGACAUCUUUGUUUAUUUCAAGACCAGAAGUACAAUGCCUAAAGAAGAGUUUAUCAACCUUCUCAUGGAAGCAUAUGAGAACCACAUAAAGACUUUGUACAGCCUCGGAGCACAGAAGUUUGGCAUCAUAAGUGUACCACCAGUAGGUUGUUGUCCAGCGAACAGACUGCUGAACGCGACAAGGUGUUUCGAGCCUAUGAAUGAUUUUGCCAGAUAUUUCCAUUUAGCUAUUGACAAGCUAAUGUGCAAGCUAAGCUCAGAGCUACAAGGGAUGAAGUAUGCUCUUGGGGACUCAUACAAAAUGACCAUGGACGUUAUAGAUAAUCCACGUCCCUUCAACUUCAAAAAUGUGGACAGUGCCUGCUGUGGACAUGGAACACUAAACGCUGAAGGAAUUUGUAACGCAACAGCUAAUCUCUGUUCAGAUCGCAAACAGUACAUAUUCUGGGACAUGUUCCACCCAACACACGCUGCUGCACGGUUGGCAGCUAACACACUUUACGGUGGUCCAACACUCUAUGUUUCUCCAAUCAACUUUGCUCAGCUGGCUGCAGAAAAUUAGUGUCAUUGAACCUACUGAAUGAAUGUCACAGAUUGUUACUUUCUCCUCUUAGUCUCUCCAUUAUACUUUCAAUAAUUUCUAUCAGUGGUUCCUCUGCCUUCGAGGGUUUGGAAAAAAUUUCAUUAUGUGUGAAGUAAUUUGUAGACAUUCCAUGCAUCUCAAUAUUAGUUGAGAGGACUGAGG